CAAGUGCAUUGUAAAUAAAGGAAAUUAAAACCAACGAAAUGCAAGAUGUUUGCAAAGAAAAUAACGCAAAAUGCUAAUCAAACUUUCAGCUAACGAUAUAACGUAAAAGUGCCCGUGAUUUCUGUGAUAAAACGGCGAAAAUGUCUUCGGGAAAACUGAGUGAUGAAUGUUUGGCAGAAAAGUUUCGUCGCGAGAACACAGAGCAGUUUUUAAUACUUGCACGGAUGCAUUUGAGUUUUUUGUUGGAUUUAAAUACGGACGAAAGCGAGAGCUCGAAUGAGAAAGUCAAGCAGAAAAAAUGGCCUUUCGGGAGGAAGUCCAAGUUUAAAACUGUUACGGAAGGUGUCCCACUCACUCAGGAAGGCAUUUGCCAGGUUUACCAGUUGAUAGAGUUCAUUAAAAAAGACCAAAAUAUUACAGUUGAGGGGAUAUUUCGUAGGACUGGUUCUGUCGAAAGGCAGCAAGAGCUAAAAAGUUUACUUAGUCAGGGGAUUACUUUGGAGCUGGAAGGGAGCCAAUUUAGCGUACAUGAUUGUGCUUCUGUGUUGAAAGGUUUUUUAGCCGAUCUACCUGAUCCACUAUUGACUGAGGGGUUUUUCCCUGCUUGUUGUCAAAUUGCAGAAUUAUGUGGCAUUGGAGAGGGUCCAACAGUCCAAGAUGGCAAACUUUUAGAAGCCUUGCAGCUGAUAUUUUUACUGUUACCCAUAGAAAACCAAAGCUUUUUGAAGGAUAUUCUCGAUUUACUGCACUUGACUUCAACGUUUGAAGAAAACAACAAAAUGUCCCCCGAUAACUUGGCCAAAAUAUUCACCCCCCACUUAUUGUGCCCGCGAAAGCUACCACCCAGCGAACUACUAACGAUAUCGCAGAAAUACUUCGGACUGAUAACGUUCAUGAUAAAAAAAUCCUCGGAGUUGUUCAAGAUACCUCGCAAGCUGAAGGUGGACUUCCAAGCCAGAUACGAACGCAAGAAGCUGAUGGCCUCGCAGAACCGAAUACUGAACGAAUCCGUGACCGACACCGCAAAUACGGUAUUCACCUUCGUCGACCACGAACGCACUGCGAAGGAGAACGAGUCCAACCCGACGGAGACGGCCUUGGCGCAGCUGUACGCGCACAUACAGAGCCUGCCGGAGUCGUCGAAGAAGAGGAAGUUGGUGAGCAAGUUCAACAAGGAGAACGGGCACGGGACGCCUCUGCAGGUGGCGAGGGGUUCGGCGGCGAAGAAGAGCUUCGGGGAUUCCAUCAAGAAGCACAUCUUCCAGAAGGGUUUGGCGAAGCAGGCCAAGAAGGGCGGUUACGCCCAUUUGAGGUCUUCCAGCGAGGAGAUUCUAAAUAGCCCCCAAUCGACCGUGUUGGCCAGGGCUCGGCUCUUCUGCGCCAACUGCGACUCGUCCACGGACUCGUCCGCCAGCGACGAGGCCGCGCUAAAAAAGCUGAAAACCUCGUCCGGCAAGCGCGACGGCUUGCCGGACGAGGGCGCCACCGCCGUCAGAGACGCGCGCAGCAAGAGCGAGUCGGAUCUAGACUUCGACGAGCAGUUUACCGGCAAGUACCUGACGAGCACGCCCGCGUGCUUGUCGCUGCGCGCGUGUCCCGACCUGCUCUUCACGCCCGAGGAGCAGGGUCGCAAGUCCAUGUCGCCCAUCACCAGGUCCACGCAGAGGAUGACGCGGGCUAUGCAGGAAACAAUGAUGACACCGAGAAGCCGGAAACCCGUGCUGCUGCUGUCGGGCACGAACAUAAACGCGCUACCGAAAUCCGACAGGCGCGACCUCCAAAUGGACAACGUGCUCGAAGAAAUCUCCUACGAAGACUCCUCCCGAUCGAGCGACACCACACUGGCGACCCCGUCUUCCGCCAAGUGCAUAAAAAAGUCCAGAAGCGACGGCGACAUAAUCUCGGACGAUGUGGCUGCCGGGGCGAAGCGAAGCGCGACGCGCACGCCGUCCGGCCUGACGGACACCUUCAAGGAGUACCUGAGCGGCCGGGACAUUCUCGCGUCGAGUCCGGCCCUGGCGGACGAGAGCUUCUCCAGCAGAACUGACGAUUUUAAUUCGGCGGAUUUUCAGGAUUUGAGCGACAACAAGUUGUCCGAUUCGCUGUUGUUUUGCUUGAACGGGUACAAGCCGGACGAGAGCGGGGAGAAGGAGUUGGUGCUGAAGCCGAAGCAGUUCGACGAGAACGGGAAGGCCAUCGUUUUCGAGACGUCUUUUUGACGAGGACAACGUAUGCGAAAUAUUUUGGUUUUUGCUUCGUUGGCUGGCAAAAUUUAGGUUAGGUUUUACGACAUGACAUUUGAUUUUAUUAUGUUAUUUUUUAGUGAAAAUGCGUACAUUUUUUAAAAUAGAAUAUUUU